GUCUGGGUUUACUGUGAGAUGAUCUCCGGUGGGAAAGAUGAAGACAACGGAGCAUGGACGGUGUUUCAGAGGAGAAUGGAUGGCAGUGUGAAUUUCUAUCAGCCGUGGAAUCAGUACAAGAGAGGAUUUGGGAAUGUGGAGGGAGAAUACUGGCUGGGGCUGGAGAACAUGUACCAGCUGACACGUAAGAACAAGUACAUGCUGAGAGUGGAUCUGGAGGACUUUCAUGGAAAUAAAGCUUUUGCUCAGUACUCGUCCUUCUCUGUGGGUCCUGAAGCUGAUGGAUACAAACUACAUGUUUCAGGAUUCAGUGAUGGAGGAGCAGGUGACUCUUUAUCUGGCCAUAAUGGACAGAAGUUCUCCACCUUUGACAAAGACCAAGAUGGCUCUGGAGAUAACUGUGCCAAAAAGCAUCUCGGGGGAUUUUGGUACAAAGACUGCCUCGGUACAAACCCCAAUGGUAUAUAUUUAUGGGGUGAAGAUGACAUCCUUGGUAUCAUUGGAAAUGUUUGGAAAUCAUGGAAGAAUUUCAAGGUUGGUAUGAAAUCCAUCAGCAUGAAGAUCAAACGUGUGUCAUAGAAACACUGCAGUUCUUGUCAGAAACAAACAACCAAAAAAAUCAAUUUAAUGUUUAAUUGUUUUGUGUUUUCUAACAACUGUAUAAUUUAGUAAAUCAUGUAGGAAUAUGACUCUCAUAAACUUAUGACUGUUUAUGAAUUGAUCU